AUGGAACAGUCGGCUACUCUCGACAUAGAGUCGCUGAAGAUUACCCAGGAGCAGUUUAUCCUCGCGUCCCAGUCCCUCCACCUUCAGCGUCCAGGCUGUGAUGCCGUCUACCCAGUGGGUCUGUACGGCUGGAGGAAAAGAUGCCUCUAUUUCUUUCUUCUGCUGCUCUUGGUCACCAUGAUAGUUAACCUGGCCCUCACUGUCUGGAUCAUAAAAGUCAUGAAUUUCUCAGUGGAUGGGAUGGGAAACCUCCAUUUGAACCAGGAUGGGAUUCGGCUGGAAGGAAUCUCUGAGUUUCUUCUGCCUCUCUAUGUGAACGAGAUCCAGUCCAGAGGGGACAGCUUGUUGGUCUUGCGAUCAGAAAAGAAUGUGACGCUGAACGCCAGAAACAACCAAGGCCAGCUGACCGGCCAGCUCACAGUGGGACCUGAGGCUGUGGAGGCCCAGUGUCAGAGGCUGGAGGUGAGGAGUAGAGACGGAGGGAGACUGCUCUUCACUGCAGAUGAGGAGGAAGUUGUCAUGACAACAGAAAAGUUCACUGUCACAGGCUCUGAAGGCGCUGUGUUUGGGCAUUCAGUAGAAACUCCCCUGAUCCAGGCGAGGGCUUCUGAAGACCUGAAACUGGAGUCUCCAACACGGACUCUGACCAUGGAGGCUCCCAGAGGGGUCGAAGUGAGCGCUGCCAAGGGGCCGCUGAAGGUCAGCAGCCGAAAGGACCUACAGCUGGAGUCAACAGAGGGAGAGAUUCUUUUAGAUGCCAACACCAUACAGCUGGGGAGCCUCCCACUCGGCGUCUACACAGCGUCUCCCAGUCAGGCCUCCCAGGAACAGGCCGUGUACGAGGUGUGUGUCUGCCCCAGCGGCAAGAUCUACCUGUCUCCUGCAGAGAGCAGCUCCACCUGCCAGGCCAUGAGCAACAUCUGCCUCUGGAGCUGACCUGGGAGCAGUGUUCGUGAUCGGGGAAACCUCUACCAUCUGCUCUGGAGCAGCUGAUAUCGAGACUCUACGACGGUAUAUUUGACGGAGAGUGGAACUCAACUGUGCGGAGACAGAGCUGUCUGAGCUGUCUGAGCUGUUUGAGUUCAGAUUAGCACAGAGGCAUCUAAUGAUGCCUGAUGCCUGCAGUGGUCUACUGGAGGUCAGGACUCACAACUGACCGUGUCUGAGGAGCAGCUUUCCGAAAUCAGGAAUAUCGCAUACAAACAAGAACUUUUCCACUACCUUAUAUUAGAGUCAGAGGACACAACUUUUAUUUUUCUACUCUAGGUUUAUUGUUGACAUGCAGUGACUGUUUUUAGGAUUCAGAAAGAAUAAGAGAAGACAAAACACAGGUGCCUUCAGCUCUGAUAGAAGUCAUAUUGAACCUGUCUGUGUCUGAAGUUGUGAUGGUAGAAAGUGUAGUAAGCACAAAUCUGUCAUGUUUUUCCCCCAAAAAACACAGAUUUUAGAUUAUUUUGAGUAUUCUCAAUAGAUAUUCUAGUUUUUUUCACUGUGUUAGCAGCUGUUUAAUUUGAAAUUAAACAUGUUUUUA